CCUGCCUUCCACGUCCCAGGAGAGGCCUGCGGUGGCCCCGAAUUAGGAGCGAUGAGGUCACGUCGGCAGAGCAGUUUGCAGGCUCUGAAGCGAGCCCUCAUGAAGUUCCCUGAGGAGGCAAAUGGCCACGUCUAGGACAGACAUUCAGUUUUACCUGAUCUCUGUAUGUUGUCAUCUUCUGUACAUCUGGUCCCUAUGCUAGUCCGGCUUUUCCACUCUCCGAUCCGCAGUUCUUCCCGUUCCUUCAUGGAUUUGAAGGCUCUCCUCUCCUCCUUGAAUGACUUUGCAUCCCUCUCUUUUGCUGAGAGUUGGGACAAUGUUGGAUUGCUGGUGGAACCCAGCCCACCACAUACUGUAAAUACACUGUUCCUGACCAAUGACUUGACUGAGGAGGUAAUGGAAGAGGCACUGCAAAAGAAGGCAGAUCUCAUUCUUUCCUACCAUCCGCCGAUUUUCCGGCCUAUGAAGCACGUAACUUGGAAAACCUGGAAGGAACGCUUGGUGAUUCGGGCUCUGGAGAACAGAGUUGGCAUUUACUCUCCUCACACAGCCUAUGACGCUGCACCCCAGGGAGUGAACAACUGGUUGGCCCAAGGGCUAGGAGUUUGUACCUCCAGGCCCAUCCAACCAUCCCAAGCUCCCAACCACCCCACAGAUGGAACUCACCGAGUAGAAUUCAGUGUUAACCAGACCCAGGACCUGGACAGAGUUAUGUCUGAAGUGAAAAGAAUUGGAGAUAUUUCUCUUACUUCUUUUUCUGCUAGGGUUGAUGACGAGGAACAAACAAGGAUCAGUUUGAAUUGCUCUCAGAAGGCUUUGAUGCAAGUUGUGGCUUUCCUGUCCCAGAACAGACAGUUGUAUCAGAAGACUGAAAUACUGUCACUGGAGAAGCCUUUGCUUCUCCAUACUGGAAUGGGACGGUUAUGCACACUGGAUGAACCUGUCUCCCUGGCAACCAUGAUUGAGCGAAUCAAAAGAUACCUAAAACUACCUCAUCUUCGCUUAGCUCUGGGGGUAGGGAGGACCUUAGAGUCCAGAGUGGAAGUGGUGGCCCUGUGUGCUGGUUCUGGGAGCAGUGUUCUACGAGGGGUACAGGCUGACCUCUACCUCACAGGUGAAAUGUCCCAUCAUGAUAUUCUGGAUGCUGCUUCCCAGGGAAUAAACGUGAUCCUUUGUGAACACAGCAACACUGAACGAGGCUUUCUUUCUGACCUUCGAGAUAGGCUGGGUGCUCACCUGGAGAAUAAGAUUAAUAUUAUCCUGUCUGAGACUGACCGGGACCCUCUCCGUGUGAUCUAACACAUACAUGAACAUAAGGAUGGCAGUAUACACAUCAUUUGGGACUGACCUUGAAUUCCUAACAUGAGUACACAGUGUUGAUAUCCUUCUAGGGAAGUGUCUAAGAGUGUAUUAUCAUUUUUGAUUGGUUAAUCUGGCACAGUUUUAUUGCUCAUAAAAUAAAAAAAAAUGUAGUUUAACAUAUUAAAGAACUUGCUGGGCG